AUGAUGAAAAAUCUAACUACGAAACAUAGUGGCAAUGCAUCUUACACUGUUACAAGAUUGAAACUAUCAAGUGAUUUAGCCAACAAUAUACGAGAACAAUUAUGUCAGGUACAACUCAUCAUUAUAGAUGGAAUUUCAAUGGUAGGCUCUACCGUACUAGGUUAUGUAAAUACAAGAUUAAGACAAAUAACUGGUGUCAAUGAGCCAUUUGGUGGUUUAUCAGUACUUGCAGUCGGGGACUUAAAUCAAUUGCCUCCUGUAAAAGAUAAACCUGUCUAUCAAGUUUCAAACCAAAAUCAAAUGGCGCCACUCAUUGAUAUCAAUCCUUUAUGGGAUCAAUUUGUCUUUUAUGAAUUAACAGAAAUUAUGCGUCAAAAAAAUGAUCGAGCAUUUAUCAAUGCUCUAAAUAAUCUAGCUCUUGGAACUAUGAAAACUGAUGACAUAAAUUUAAUUAAAUGUCGAGAAAUUAAAAAUAUUAACGAUAUUCCAGAAACGGCCAUACGCUUGUACGCUACUAAUAAGAAUGUAUCAUCUUAUAAUGCUCAGAGAAUUUCUCAAUGUAAAAGUAAAUUAUUUACUUCAACUGCUCAAGUUGUUUUCUCUAAAGACAUAACCGAAGGUGAAAAAAAAAUUAUAUUACGAUCAAUAAAUAAAAAAGCAAACAAUAUUGCAAUUGAAUUGCCUGAUGUUAUUCAAUUAAAAGUUAACAUUAAAUAUAUGAUAAUUAAGAAUAUCGAUGUAGAAGACGGUUUAGUAAAUGGUGCUUGUGGUAUUUUGAAAUAUAUCGAAUGUAAAGAUGCUAACAUACCAUCUACACUAUGGUUAGAUUUUCAUACACCAAGAGUUGGCAUUAACAUACGAGCUCGUCAUCGUGAUUAUAUGACGAAGAAUAAUAUAGAUAAUGUUUUAACACCAAUAGAAAGAAUAUCGAUACAAACUAGUGUGGCACAAGAUGAUAAAUACAAAAUUUUGAAAAAUCAAUUUCCUAUUAUACCUGCAGAGGCAAUAACUAUUCAUAAAAGUCAAGGUCAAACAUAUGUUAAAAUAUGUCUAGAUUUUACUGCUCAAGAGAGGCAAACUUUAUCGAUGUUGUAUGUUGCCCUCAGCCGUGUCACCAAAUUAAGUGGACUAUUUAUAAUUGGUUAA